AUGUCGUCAAAAAGAGCACGCGGAUCAGCAGGAAAUAAGCUGAGAAUAACACUUGGUCUUCCAGUUGGUGCAAUCAUAAAUUGUGCAGACAAUUCAGGGGCAAAGAGUCUUUAUAUUAUCUCUGUUAAGGGGACAGGUGCACGCCUGAAUCGUCUCCCGGCAUCCAGUGUUGGAGACAUGGUGCUUGUUACAGUAAAAAAAGGCAAGCCUGAACUGCGUAAGAAAGUAAUGCCAGCGGUUAUUGUUCGCCAGAGGAAGCCAUGGAGAAGGCGUGAUGGCACUCAUCUUUAUUUUGAAGACAAUGCCGGUGUUAUUGUUAAUCCCAAGGGAGAGAUGAAGGGGAGUACUAUUACAGGCCCAGUUGGCAAAGAAUGUGCAGAUCUCUGGCCAAGAAUCGCAAGUAAUAGUAUGCGGAAUGGUGAUUUAGUAGGCAGUCUCUCAAUCAAGUUGUAA